CCCUCACGGGCGGUAACAGACCGUCCACCCUCGUUCGCUUGGGAGGGAUCAGGAAAAGAAGCUGCGGGGUUUUCCCCCCUAAUUAUGUACGCAAAAGUCAAGUUUCUGCAAUUGAGACGCUGCGUUUCUGGGCGCCAAUGUGAUCAGCUGCGGUUCAAGCUGAUAGAGACUUGGCUGAGAGUGAAAAGUGACCUGACCUCACUACAGUAAAGGCAGGACAGGUCCUCCGAAGAACACCAGCCACAGCAGCUGGCCACUCUCCCCAAAAAAAUCUUCAUCAUGGCCUACAAAGCUGCACAUUUGGCCUUUAAGUCACGCUGGCACAAGACAGACGAAGAACUCUGUCGGCACAGCAUGUCCUUUGUCCUGCACAAGGCGAUCCAAAACGACUUCUUCAAGUGUUACCUCUAUCUGCUGGAGAAGCUUCCCCUGGUGAAACUUUAUGCUUUGACAAGUCAAGUCAUCAAUGGGGAGAUGCAGUUCUACGCCAGGGCCAAACACUUCUACCGGGAGGUGCCCGCCACAGAAGAGGGAAUGAUGGGGGACUACAUCGAGCUCUCCAACACAGACGUUGAAUCCUCCCGGGAAUUUCUCAGGAAGUUUGUUGGGGGGGUGGGGAAAGCUGGCACCAGCCGUGCCCUGGACUGUGGCUCUGGGAUAGGCCGGAUCAGCAAGCACGUCCUGCUGCCGGUUUUCGAGAGUGUGGAGCUGGUGGAUAUGAUGGAGAAUUUCCUGGCUGAGGUCCCGAACUACCUGCAGGGCAAGGAGGACAGAGUGGAGAUGUAUUACUGCAAAAGCCUCCAGGAAUUCACGCCGGCCCCACGAAGAUACGAUGUCAUCUGGAUUCAGUGGGUUUCAGGAUAUCUGACAGACAAGGAUCUCCUGGAGUUUCUCAUCCGCUGCCAGGACGGCUUGAAGGACAACGGUGUCAUCAUCCUGAAGGACAAUGUGGCCAGGGAGGGCUGCACGCUGGACUGCCUGGACAGCAGCGUGAUCCGAGACCUCAACAUCCUGCACAGCCUCAUCGCCAUGAGCGGGCUCACGGUGCUGCGCGAGGAGAGGCAGGAGGGCUUCCCCGAGCAGUGCGUGCCCGUCUGGAUGCUGGCCAUGCAGAAAGGCCACUCCUGACUGCCCCCGGAGCCUGCAGACACCGGGCUGGGGAUGAGCCAUGGCACUGGCAGGGAGAGGAGCACUCCUGGAGUCCUCCUAACCAUGCACUGCUCCAGGGCAGCAGCUCCUGAAGGGUCGGGAGAGAAUGAGAAAGCUUCCACCAGGAAUAGUCUGCUUCUAAAUCCUACCUGCUCCAUCAUUCUUUCCAUUUUUAAAAUGUUCCUAACCUUUCCUAACCUCCUUGUCAGAUUCCUCUUCUGUUAAGCAGUCAAUACUGUACAAAACUCAUUUAAUAGAAAAUAAUCAGGUCUGAAGUUUCUGUAGUAGUUAAUAUAGUUUGGGUUGUUCUGUAGGAGGUGGCAACAAGCCUGGUUUUUCCUAUGGCACUUAAGUCUUCUGGGGAUUUAAGAAGGAUCUGUCAGAUCACUGAAGCAGGAAAUUCAAGUAACUUCUGGAAAACUUCACCCAAACUUUGACUGUCCUCUCUACCUGUAUUUUAAAAUAUUUAAAUCAAGAAUAUAAGGAAAGUUUCAUCUUUU